UGCUCCACCUCUCGACCCCUGUUGGCGCUCCACAGUCUGCCAACAUAAUUCUCGAAUUUACUCUCAUUCAAAUUCUCAGGUCACAGUAUGUUCAUUUUUGCAUGCUUCAAGGUGUAGAUACCGUACGAUUUCGGCAGCAAAAUAUUGACUUUGAUUAAACCCUGCUCCGCUGAGAUUCAGGGUAGGCUACUUUGCCCACUUUAGGCAUGCAUAAUCAAGUAGGCCUCGUGCUCUUGCGAGGGAAACACAACACAGCGACGGCUACACAAGGGGGCACAAUGAACGAGGAACCGGACGGCAACGUCACUCAGACGUACGACAACUGGACGUUCCCCAACAUCUCCUCGACGUCGUCAUGGGAGGAGGAGAACCCUUUCAGACCCAGGAAUAACAUCACAUACGUUGGAUAUUACCUGCACGAGUCGUCCAUCGCGGCCAUCUUCGUGGCGUCCUACCUGUUAAUCUUCCUGGUGUGCAUGGUGGGCAACGGCGUGGUAUGCUUCAUCGUGCUGCGCAGCAAGAACAUGCGCACGGUCACCAACCUGUUCAUCCUCAACCUGGCCGUGAGCGACCUUCUGGUUGGCAUCUUCUGCAUGCCCACCACGCUGCUGGAUAACAUCAUCACAGGGUGGCCCUUUGGAAGCCUGGUGUGUAAAAUGAGCGGCAUGGUGCAGGGAAUCUCCGUGUCGGCGUCGGUGUUCACGCUGGUCGCCAUCGCAGUUGACAGGUUUCGAGCACGUCUACCCCUUCAGCAGAAGCUGCCCUUGUCCACAGCCCCCCUAAAUAUAGUCAUUAUCUGGGUCCUGGCCAUCUCCAUUAUGUGUCCCUCUGGGGUCAUGCUGCAGGUGACCAAGGAGCAAACUAUCAGUGUGCUGCUAGGAUACAACAACAAAACAACUCCCUUUUACUGGUGCCGAGAAAACUGGCCCAACCAGGGCAUGAGGAAGAUCUACACCACGGUCCUCUUCGCCAACAUCUACCUCGCCCCCUUGUCCCUCAUCGUGAUCAUGUACGCCCGCAUCGGAAUCACGCUCUUCAAGUCGGCCGUGCCGACGGGCGGCAAACCGGGCCACGACAACCGCCACACGGUGUCCAAGAAGAAGCAGAGGGUCAUCAAGAUGCUGCUUGUCGUGGCCCUGCUGUUCAUCCUGUCCUGGCUGCCCCUGUGGACGCUGAUGAUGUUGAGCGACUACGCCAGCCUCACGGUGCAGCAGCACCGCGUCAUCAACAUCUACAUCUACCCCUUCGCCCACUGGCUGGCCUUCUUCAACAGCAGCGUCAACCCCAUCAUCUACGGCUUCUUCAACGAGAACUUCCGCCGGGGGUUCCAGGCCGUCUUCAAGUUCGGCCUGUGCUCGGCCAACGGCCAUCGCAGGAAGACCUACUCGCACCGGCUGCAGGGGAACUCGGUGCUGCCGGCCAACCCCGGGGCCUCGGUGGAGCCCGUCUCCCUGAACAGCCUGGACAACAACACGUCCCGCAGGUCCAGAAACGUCAACGAGCAGGACCUGGUCAUGGAGGACCUGGACAAGGUCUCGCCCAGCAGCGGGGGAGUGACUGCCGUGUCUAUUUGAGCGAGACAAGGGGUGCGAGGUGACGAUCAGAGCGGGACGGGUGACCUCUGUGUCUAUUUGAGCAGGACAGGUGCACGGGUGGUUUUGGUUAGUUUGCCUUCGUCGUGGAUUGGAAUUGAAACGACAUGUGGGGACAGGACAUUGACUGUGUCAGCAACUGCACAACUGCAAAAGUGAAUAGCUUUUUUUUUUCCGUCUUAAAUGUUGAAUGUUACGUUAUCAAAAUAGUAGCAAAUAAAGCAGCUUUGUAUUUUACGCCUCUUCGAAAUCAAGCACAAACGUAUUACAAUAAACAAGUCUUUACAACCUCGCCAAGGGGUGAGUUUUAUAGUAGCAUUUAACUGGAAAAGCUAUCCUUUCCUAUCUCCUAUUAUACAUACCAUAUGGCACAUCAUGUGUAAUAUGAAGGGACAAGCAUUUCUGGUGAUACUUUGGUCAAACCUACAUAUUGUGUUGACACUUGAAAUUCAGUUGAAACUCUUCCUCUGUUGUCUAUAACAAUCUUAUUAAAACAAUCAUUUAUU